AUCAUUCAACUAUCUCUUGUCGUUACAAAACCAAAUAUCACUGAAACAAUACGGCGAAGGAUAGAACGAUAAAUAAAGAACUACACCCACAUCCUGAGUGCAAUGGCGGCUUCAAAAGAGGGACUUAUCGCCGUAAUCGGAAAUGAGGAUACAGUAACUGGAUUCUUGCUUGCUGGUGUAGGAGAUGUGGACGCAAAGAAACGUUCUAACUUUUUGGUGGUGAAAAAUGACACCACUGCGCAAGAGAUCGAGGAGGCUUUCCGAAGCUUUACUCAGAGACCCGAUAUAUCAGUCAUUCUGAUAAACCAAAAUAUAGCGACAGAAAUUAGAUACGCAAUUGAUCGUUAUAAUCAGCCCGUACCUGCAGUACUCGAAAUCCCCUCAAAAGAUACACCUUACGAUCCAUCCAAGGACUCUAUUCUGGCUAGAGCUAAGGGCAUGUUCUCUGGGGAGUGAAUGUCGACGACGAAAAUGGUUGACAACUAUGUAAUAAAGUGAUAGGUUCAUAUAGUA